AUGGCCGAAGUCGAAACCCCCGCGACGCCGAUGUCGCCCAUCCAGCCCGACACCCUGUCUUCGGUGACUGCGCUGGCUCGCUUCGAGUUCGAGCCGGGCAGGGGCAACGACGGCACGAAAGUGAUGAUGGUCGAAUGGCAAGACGACGACGAGACGAGAAACAAGGCAGGGAAGUGGCAAGUGUCGUGGUCGGGCAAGAAGACGGCCUUUGCAGCAGACGACAACCCCUCGGACAACAUCCGCCGUGUAUACUUCCUGCUCCCGCCCGGGGCAAUCAUCCCUCCCCACGUUAUUCUCGCAUAUUAUCCCCCUUCAGAGGGCUCAAAGAACCCGGCGACGGAAGUGACACCAUUGAGAAUGACGGUCAACGCGCUGCCGGCCAUCUUCACGCCGGAGCUCGGUGCCACAGCCAAGACCAGCGGGAAGAAGGGCGUCCUACACACGAUAUGGGCCAAGAAGAGACUGCAAAUACUAGAGCAGGAAAUCAAACAAGAAGAAGAGCACAACCUCGAAGGCAUUGCGCUGGAGAUGGCCAAGUCAGAACGGUCGUGGAUCGAGAACAACUUUGGCCUGGUCCAGAAGCCGCCCAGUCUGGAUUUGAGCAAUAUUACAAAGUCUCCCACGGGCCCUGCCAGUCCAGGCAUUCAAAGUCCGAAGUCCCCGGGAGGAAGACGAUUGAGCGAGAAAUUAAAGGGACUGAGUAUUGGCACGAGUGACAAGGAUCUCAGCUCGAGAGGUCUGAACACGCCGACACGCGAAGCACAUCCCCUGUCGCCCGAGGCGUCGGAUAUGGCAUACUCAUCUUUUAAUGCUUUCCGCAACGGUCCCAUGUCCGCCGCAUCUGCAGGCGGAGCCAAGAAAAUCGUCGCCCAAGCACCGCCCGAGCACAUCAGAAAGCAGCAGGGAGAUGCACAAGCUACUGCUUCACUCAACUCCAUGACCCUGCCGAAUCAGUCAGCGGAGCCGGGAGAAGAGGAUCUGUUCGCCGUAGCGCUGAGCCCGAGAUCUCCUGACGGUCCGAAGAGUCCAUUCUCGUUGAGCAGUGGAGAAGUGUCCGCUUUUGCAAAGAUCAAGGGCGACGGCAGCGCGUUUGCGAAGAUCAAAGGCGAGAGAUGA